GUUCUGCUAUGCCUCCAGUUGCAGAAACCGCGCAGACUAGGGCAUGCCCUGCCUCGCCCACAGAGUUAGACAAGGGAGGCUCCAAUUGGAGCCGGCAAUCCACAACGGAAGUCGUUGAUGAGGAUGGGCGCCGAUUUAGCCGGCAGACCACAGAAGAUCCUAGCUACUCUGUCAGCCGCCAAACUACGGCCUUUAGCAGGCAGACGACUGAGGAGCCUUCGUACACCCAGCAAGGCAAUUUUAGUCGCCAGACAACAGAGGAGCCACGACGACAGCUGCCCCUCUCCCAGUUGCUCAGUCUUCCAGAGCCUGGCGAGACGGAAACCUCGUCUCCACAUCAAAGCAGAGCGGUGAGUCGUGCAGGCAGCUCAGAACCUGAAGCACGAGAGCGAUCAGAAGAGCUCAAGGUCCGCUUGAAGAACACUUUUCUCCAUUUUGAGCCAGCGCAGACGUCAGCAGACUCCAGCACCAAAGUGAAUAAGCGCCCCUCCUCCUUGCCACCUAGCUUUAACCGCUCCGAUAAGACGGAGGAAGCAUCAGAAAAUUGA